AUGACCCAACAUGAGAAGGUCGAAUUUAGAAUUUUUCAAUGGCACCCCAGUAUCUACCUCCUUGUUAGACUCUUUCUUUCCUACCAUCUCUUUUUCUCUUUUCCAUGUAAUUUUUAUCUCUCUAUCUUUCAAUGCCGUCCCCCCCUCUCUCUCUCUCCCUCUCUCUCUCUCUCACUCAGUUUCCAUCUCUUCUCCUUAUUUCUCCUUUCUCUUCUUUUUUCAUUUGGCUUUUACGUCAUACUAAAAACGGGACUGUUGAAAAUCUAUCCAACAUCCUCGUGUUUCCAUUUCACUCUCUCAAACUCUUAUAAACUCCGUCUCCAUUCUCUCUUUAUUUUCUCUUAUUUUUUUUUAUCUCAUUGUCAAUUUCUUACCCUCUCUUUUCAAUCUUCUGCCACACGAUUUUUCUUCUUCUUUUCCUCUUUUUUUUCUCUCCCUUUCACCUUUCUUUUGGCUUCAAGUUUUCCUCUGUGCAAUUUCCUGAUGAUUUCUUUGUUGGAAAACAGGAAACAACCUUUUCUUUUACUUCCUCUUUUCUUAGAAAUUCUCUCCGUUUGUCUUUUACACUUCACUCUCACGCCAUCUCCCACUCUUUCUUACACUCUCUCACCUUUUUUUCUGUCAAAUUUUCAUUUUCCUUCACACUAUUCCUUCUCUUUUUCUUCUUCUUUCACUCUCUCACCUUUCCAUUCAAAUUUUCUUCUUUUCUCUUUCAAAUUCCUUUUUCACACGCCACCUCUCACUCUUUCUUACACACUCUCAAUUUUUCUUUCAAAUUUUCUUUUUCCUUCAUACCCCUCUCUUCUUCUUACACUCUCCCACCUUUCAUUUCAAAUGUUCUUUCGCACUCUCUCGCUUUCUUACACUCACUUCCUUUUUCUUUCAAAUUUUCUCCUUCUCUCUUUCACACUCCUCUUCCUCCCCUUCCUUCAUUCCCUCGUCUUUUCUUACAAAAUUUUCCUUUCUCUUUCCAAUACGCUCUUCUCUUUCUCUCCCAUGCUCUCCUCUCUUCCUCUCUCUUUUCGAUUCUCUCUUUCUCUCCCUCUCUCUAUCUAUCUACCCUCCAUUGGACAUUAUGCUUUUUUUUCUUGA